AUUUUAUGUGAAUGAAAAAAAAUGAAAACCGCAAACCACGAUGUUCAGACAGUUAAUGAUGAGAAAUCUUUUUGGACGAAAUUUUGUGUUAAUAAUGGAAUUAAUCCUAAUUUAGUGACAUUGAAAAUUUCACUUUUUGUUAUGCAUGGAGCAUUAUCAUCACUUUUACCUUAUCUCACUAUACACAUGCAAAGUAUCGGGCUAAGUGUGGAAGAAAUUGCAGUUAUUUAUUUGGCGCUACCGUUUACUACUUUUUUAGCACCCCCAAUUACAGGUUUUUUGGUUGAUAAGUUUGGAAAGUUUAAACCAGUUGUGAUAUUAACGCUUUUACUCAACGCUUUGUUCCAUCAUGCGCUUCUUUUUAUACCUCAACAGGAGAUUCCUGGCGUUAUGCCUUCAGCUUAUGUCAUGCGACAUCCCGUAUCGGAAAACGUUGAAAUAUGGUGGAGUCCAUGCCCUUCGCGAACAUGUCCAAACAGCGAAGAAAUUGACGUAGUUGUUGAUUCAUGCAUUGACCAUUGUCUGUUAUUGGAACAAAAUCCUAAAAUUGAAAUUCCUAAAUCAGUGCGAAUUAAUAACGCAAAUGAUCUUAAUAAUUUGAACUUUAAAAUCAGCAAGAAGAAGUUCAAUUAUACAAAAGAUUUCACAACUUUAACAACUUCCAUUGAAACGACGACUCAGAAAACGUCAAAGCGACCUCAACACUUCAACUACUCGUUUGAUCAAAGCGAUGAAGAGAGUUGGGUUGCAGGCAGUGGGGAAUCAGUAAUUUUCUUGCUUGAUAUGCAUCCGGAUUUAGGGGAGCCAAGGGAACAAUUGGGGAUGGAAGUUGAUGAAGAUGUUGAUGAUGUUGUGACGGGAUUUAUCGAAAGGUUUGACGAGAAACUUUUGUGGGAAAAAGGUGUCAAUGUAACAGAGCUUGAGGAAAAUGAUCUCCGCUGUGGUGGAAUCGUUUUACGUCACAAUAUCACAAUUUCUGAAGAGAGACUUCGUCAACUUGCUGAAGAUUGCAUGGUUCAAAAGUGUGAAUUCAUUCGUGGGGGACCGGAAAUUUGUCCACCCGAUUACAAAGAAAGCGACAAGAAAAACUUCUGGAUUUAUUUUUUGUUACGAUUUCUUGCGACGAUGAUGUUGUCUGGCGGUGUGACGAUGAUGGAUCCAAUUGCCUUGACAAUGAUUGAAAAGUACGGCGGUGACUUUGGAAGGGAACGACUUUUCUCAAUGUUUGGCAUGGCAAUAUUUUCUCCCAUUACUGGAAUCUUAAUUGAUUAUUUCUCAAGCGGCUUGGGCUACACCGACUACUCUUCCGCAUUCUAUAUCUAUGAUCUCCUUUUAAUUGUGAGCUCCAUCACUGUUUUCGUUAUGCCAAUCGGCGACAAACUGCCGGCUGAUAAUGUCUUUCGUGAUUUGUGGAAUCUUCUCAAGAUGCCUCAUGUCAUGUGCUUCAUUCUUUUCUUAUUUUUGCUUGGUAAUUUUUGGGGAUUCAUUGAAAGUUUCCUUUUUCUAUAUUUGAAAGAACUUGGAGCGCCUAACAUCUUGUUAGGCAUAACAAUCACUGUUGGAACUGUCAGCAGCAUUCCGUUUCUUUACACAGCUGAGAAAAUCACGAAAAUAUUUGGGCAUGUUAAUCUCAUCGUCAUAUCAUUUUGUGCUCAUGCUUGUCGCCUUGUCGGCUAUUCAUUUAUUGAAAACGCUUGGUGGUGUUUCCCUUUUGAAGCGAUGGAAGCACUGUCAUGUCACUUGAUGUGGGUAGCAGCUGCCACUUAUUGUUCAGUGUUGGCGCCAAAAAAUCUUCUGGCGACACUUUUGGGAGUACUGGGUAUGGCACAUUUUUCACUUGGCAGAGGCAGUGGCUCGUUCUUAGGAGGGUUUUUGAUAGCAGACUUUGGGACAAGAGAAGCAUUCAGAUACAUGGGACUGAUAGCUGCCACUGGCGGAGUUGCUUAUAAACUUAUUCACAUCUUGUGGUUAAAGAAAUAUGACUCGGUUCCUGAUAAUGAAGACGAUGUGGAAAAUGAAGAAGGAGAAAAGUUAGCACCGGAACCUCGAUUCAAAGAUGCAUGGACUUCAAUGUCUCAAGAUGGAUUAUCAACAAUGAUGAAAUACAAUCCAACAGUUAGUCUUACUUCGCUUUCAAGAUCUAAAGUUGAUCUUAAUUCCUUAAUACGACGUAGAAGUAGCUGCACUGUCGUUACAAAAACUGGAAGCGCAUCAAAGGUGGAUUUGCUGAAAUCAACGAUGGAAAUCAAUCAAGCGAAGAUUCUUACUUCAAAUGAAACUAUGAAAAGUUUGGAGUCUCAUUCUCUCAAUUUAAUACAUUCUGGAAGCGCACCGAAACUUUUAAUUCUAACUGAAAAGCAGGAAACUUCAUCUACUGAAAAGAAUGAAAAGUAAAAACGUCUUGACGAAGGAAUGAUGGUUAUUGAUUGAAUAUUUAUUAGUCGUAGGAAAAGAAAACUUUUUAGAUCUUUCAAUAAAGUGCUUGAAGAAUCAUUUCAAGAA